GUCUUCAGGAGCCUGCGGUCACCAAUUAAUCACAAAGGAGAGGAUUCUGAAGGCUAUCACCGGACUGCUGCUCAUUACCCCAUCCUUUUGUUUGCACAGCACUGCCCCAAGGAACAACAUAAAAGCAGUCCAGAAAGAGACACAAAUUCUACUCAGCCUGAAAAUCCCAGCCAUCUGACGCAGAGGGAUUUAUAGGUUUAGUGGAAAUUGCUUUCCCAAGCAUCCAGAUUAAAUACUGACUGGCAUUUUAUUUCUGAACGGGUAAACAUCCUUCUAAUAAUGAGAUGACCCAACAAUAUCUGAAGGCCCAAAUAGAUCUGUGUUUUCGGGCUUCUCCAGUGGACUAAUUUUGGGCCAAAUACUGCUCGGUAUCAUGCUGACUAACAGUAACCUUCAGACCUGUAUGCUUCUACUUCUCUGGGGAUGGACUGUGUCAACUGAGAGCAGAACCCAGCAAAGGGUGAAAGGCGUACCUGAGAUAUAUAAACAGGGCAGUAGGCCACACAGACAGAGAAGAGAAGUGCAUCAGGAGUCACACAAGCAAGGCAGUGCUGUAUUUAAAAGAAGUCCUGACAUCACUAAGUCUCCACUUACAAAGUCAGAGCAGCUCCUCAGAAUAGAUGAUCAUGAUUUCACCAUGAGACCUGGAUUUGGGGGUCCAGCAAUUCCGGUGGGAGUUGAUGUACAAGUGGAAAGUUUAGACAGUAUUUCAGAGGUUGAUAUGGACUUCACUAUGACUUUGUAUCUCAGACACUACUGGAAAGAUGAGCGCCUGUCCUUCCCCAGUUCCAACAAUCAGAGUAUGACGUUUGAUGGCCGACUAGUCAAAAAGAUUUGGGUUCCUGACAUGUUCUUUGUUCAUUCCAAGAGAUCCUUUAUUCAUGAUACCACAACAGAUAAUGUUAUGCUGAGGGUUCAACCUGAUGGGAAAGUGCUGUACAGUCUGAGGGUCACAGUGACCGCAAUGUGCAAUAUGGACUUUAGCCGUUUUCCCCUUGAUACCCAGUCCUGCUCUUUAGAGAUUGAAAGCUAUGCAUACACAGAAGAUGAUCUUAUGUUAUACUGGAAGAAUGGUAACGAAUCAUUAAAAACUGAUGACAGAAUUUCAUUAUCACAAUUCCUUAUUCAGGAGUUUCACACAACUACAAGACUUGCUUUCUAUAGUAGUACAGGGUGGUACAAUCGCCUGUACAUCAACUUUACAUUACGGCGCCACAUCUUCUUCUUCCUUCUGCAAACAUACUUUCCAGCAACCUUGAUGGUGAUGCUCUCUUGGGUGUCAUUCUGGAUAGAUCGCAGAGCAGCCCCUGCCAGAGUUCCCUUAGGUAUAACCACGGUAUUGACCAUGUCUACCAUCAUAACAGGAUUAAAUGCCUCCAUGCCCAGAGUCUCAUACAUCAAAGCUGUGGACAUUUACUUGUGGGUUAGUUUUGUGUUUGUCUUCCUAUCGGUGCUGGAAUAUGCUGCUGUGAAUUAUUUGACCACUGUGCAAGAGAGGAAAGAAAGGAAAAUGCGGGAAAAGUUCCCUUGUACUUGUGGAGUACCACAGCCACGGUCCAUGAUGGACUGCAGCUACAGUGAUGGGGAGGUAAACAAUCUUGGCAAUUAUGUGUCUGAAAAUGGAGACAAGGAAGACAGGAUCAUGGUGCAGCUAGCACUCAACGCAGAAAGAAACUCAAACAGAAGGAAGAGUCAGCGGGCAUAUGUCAGCCUUCGCAUUGACACACAUGCUAUUGACAAAUAUUCAAGAAUAAUAUUUCCAGCAUCAUAUAUUUUAUUUAACCUGAUAUACUGGUGCAUUUUUUUGUAAGCAAGUAUAUUAAAAGACUGGACACUGGACUUACUGCACCAGAAUACCAGUAUAUAUUAUUUUGUGGAUCACUUUGUACAAAUCCAAUAUACAACGAAAACAGGAAGAUUUCAUUUUGUGCUGCUUCACCAUGCCAGCAGCAUCUCAGCUAUACUCAGUCUUUUUUAACUGAAUUUCACUUUAAUAUCUCACAUGAUGUAUAUUACUUUUAUAUAGUAGAUAUGUGACAUACUAAUGCUUAGUCAAGGAAACUUUCUGUGCAAUACACAGCAACCCUCCUACAGUGAUGUUGGCUUUUAUAUGCCCAACCGCUGCUUGUCUUCUGCUGCUUACAUCAUUUCUUGUAAUCUAGAUUAUCAUUUUUUGCACAGUAUAUGACUAGUUCUUCUAUGAAAGUAAAUAUUUGUGAAAUUAGUUUUUAUACAGUCAAACACUCCGAGCUUUUUGGAUCCAGGUAAUUUAGCUCCUUAUAGUACAUCAAGUGGUUGUGGGGGAAGGUUAGCACUUGACAUUUCAAAGGCAACUCCAGCUGUCCAACAUUCAGGGCCGGAUUUACAUAGUGGGCGCCCUUAGGCCCACUGCCGUUUGUUGCCCCUGUCCCCUCCCCUUUAUU